GCGCUGGUUGGCCUGCUUGGUCCCCCUACUGAGCUAACCAUUGCGGCGGCAGGUUGGUGGUGACUGAUAUACCUGUGUAGGAGGAUACCCCAUAGUACUAUAUGGUGUUGCGGACGCGGCAUUCGACUUCUUCUCUUGAUCUGUCGGCUAGAUCUGGGGCGGGGCCCUUUCAAGCACCCUCUCCGACCAACUGGCGGAGGCAGCGUCUCCUUCGCAUUGGAACUAACGAAAGUAUACCCACCCGAGUUACCACGAGCGACCUCGAGGAACAGUCUCUCACUGAAACGUCUUCUUUGCAUCCUAAUACUAGUAAUCCCAACAAUUAUGGAACGCUUCCGUCUCUUGCCGCGCGGCAACCUGGUCUCAUCCUUCGCCGCAGCCGGCCCCCACUUCCUAACGUCGAGUUUCGUCGUACGUUAUCAGCUACUGCUAUCUCCCCUGCGACCAUCUCGCCAACCUUGUUGCGAAACACGCUCGGUUGGCGCCCUUCCCAGCGGCCAAUCUCUGCAUAUGAUGCGCCCCUGGUCAAUUCUAACUCGGCUGCCGAUGAAACAGAUAUAAACGUUCGCAUCAAUGGUUUCCGUGUCUGGUACUCGUCCUUCUCAUCUAUUGACUGGCUCCACGAUACCAUAAAGGAUUCUGUUCGCUUCUCUCGCCUGAGGCGUGGAAAAUCAUUCCGCUCGCGUCUUCGUCUCGUACUUGAUAAGAGUCUUGGUUGGAUAAUCGUCACCGUCGUUGGCUUCCUGUCUGCUGUCCUUGCUUUCCUCGUUGUCCGAUCUGAGCAGUGGUUCUUCGAUCUGAAGUAUGGCUAUUGCGCUGAUGGCUGGUGGAAAGCUCAGCGGUUCUGUUGUCCCGGUCCUGAUGAUCUGUGGAUGUCGUCCGCCGAAGACGGUAGUUGCUCAAGUUGGCGAGCAUGGUCCGAUGUUAUUAGAUCGCGGAUUCGUAAUCAGCCAAAUUCUGCCUUCGAAAGCGAUUACGUAGAGUAUUUCACGUAUACCUGUGUCGCGAUUCUCCUCGCCACCGUAUCCUCCCUCCUUACAAUCUACUUGACGGCAUCGACCUCAUUUUUCACGCGCAAAGAAUCUGGAGUACUAUCACCCUUAUUUGCAACUAACAAAGACGGCGGCGAACAACGACGAACUUCUGCUCAGCCUAAACGCAAAGUACUUUACUAUGCAGCAGGCAGUGGUAUACCGGAGGUCAAAACUAUUCUUUCAGGUUUUGUUAUCCAUGGGUAUCUGGGUGCCAGAACACUCUUCACCAAGUCUUUGGGCCUAGCGCUUUCGGUUGGAUCAGGUUUAACCCUUGGCAAAGAAGGGCCAUUCGUUCACAUGGCGAGCUGUGUUGGUAAUAUAGUGAGCCGGUGCCACAGCAAGUACGAAAACAACGAAGCUAAGCGCCGUGAAAUUCUCAGUGCAGCAUGUGCAGCAGGCGUAGCCGUGGCAUUCGGAGCCCCGAUCGGGGGUACUUUAUUCAGCUUGGAAGAGGUUUCCUACUUUUUCCCACCCAAGGUCAUGUGGAGAAGCUUUUUUUGUGCAAUGAUUGCUGCAAUUACGCUGAGGUUCCUCGAUCCCUUUGGGACGGGGAAACUCGUACUUUUCCAGGUUACGUAUGACAAGGAUUGGCAUUCGUAUGACCUGAUCUUUUUUAUCUUGCUGGGAGCAUUUGGAGGUGUGUAUGGUGCAUACUUCUCAAAGUUAAACUACCGUUGGAGUCGCCAUAUCCGCAAUGGCACGCGGUUAAAAGACCAUCCUGUUAUCGAGGUGAUCCUGGUUACGCUGAUUACGGCGUUAUUUUGCUUCCUUAAUCCCUAUGCUCGGAUGGGAGGCACAGAGCUCGUUUACAACCUCUUUGCUGAGUGCAAGCGAGGCAGCAAGAACAUGCACUUUGGUUUGUGCGUUCUAGAUCCGGGAAACCUUGAUCACGUAUGGCCUAUUGUCCGCGCAAUCUUCAUGACUAUGAUCAUGAAAGGGGCAUUGACAAUAGUCACUUUUGGCAUCAAGUUACCUGCAGGUAUUUUCAUUCCCACACUUGGCGUGGGAGCCUGUGCAGGUCGGAUACUUGGUGUUGCUGUGCGGUAUCUCCAGUGGAACAACCCAGAAAGCGCUCUGUUUGCAGCGUGUGGGGAUGACAAGGAUUGUGUCAUCCCUGGCCUUUAUGCUAUGGUUGGUGCCGCAGCCGCGUUGUCCGGCGUUACGCGAACGACAGUUUCCUUGGCUGUCAUCAUGUUUGAACUGACGGAUACAUUGACAUAUGCGGUCCCAGUCAUGUUGUCAGUUUUGGUGGCAAAAACUGUUGCCGAUGCACUGGAACCCAAGGGAAUUUAUGACCUUGUGAUAGAGCUGUCUCAAUUGCCUUACCUAGAUGCUAAGCACGAAUAUCUUUGGGCUGACUUCUCGAUCAACGAUAUCACGGACAAGGAGGUCGAUACAAUUCGCUUGGAUCGUUCCAACACUGUCAUGAGCCUGCGGGAUCAGCUGCAGUCGCUUCUGGACGCAGGUCACGAUGACAGUGGCUUCCCCAUUCUCCGUACAAGCAGAGACGAUGGAGGAAUGCGUAUGGUGGGCUAUAUCGGCGCAAGUGAAUUGGAACAUGCUCUCGCCAUAGUUGCGGACGAUCCAGACGGACAAGUCCGGUUCGAGAGAUCGUAUGUGCGCACAGGACACGACAUGACAGCAUCGUACUCGUCCUGUGUUGAGCAGGGUUCGGAGGACCCACUGGAUUUCAGCGUAUAUAUGGAUGAAGCCCCGUUAACCAUCCAAUCCAAUUCACCCUUGCCUCUCGUUCAUCAGUUUUUUGUAAAGCUCGGCGCUCGAUACGUCAUCGUAACUAAUACUGAUGGGGACUAUGAAGGCGUCAUCGACAAGAAGAAUUGGCUCGCGUUCUUGAGCGGACUGGAGGAGAAAUCGUGACGCUGCAGUCUUGUGGACACGUGGCCUGCAACUACUCUGCAGGUUGUAGGGUCCAUAUCGAAAUUGUACCGUGAUGUGCAUUGAAGACGCUUCUUACAUAACGUAUGUAGCAUGCUUAUGCGGGCGCUGGAGUUCGGACCUUGGACACGCACUAUCGUACAUAGAAUGCUGUAAUUCAAUCCAGUGCUCUGGAGGAAGGUGAAAUCAAUGAUCGAUAUUCGACAUGCCUCCUCAAGCGGGAGUCUUUUCGUCACUAUGAUUCAUCCUUGACUCGCUCUAACGGUUGGUUCAAGAGCUUUG